UCUCUCCCUAUCCCAUAAUCUGACCAACGAUGACAACAUUUUUUUAGACUACUCAACAUUAGGCUUUUUAGUUUUUAUCGAAUAUAGGGAAAGUAGAGAUGGAAAAGUUCAUUGAGACUCACCUUAAACUGUUAGAUCUAGAAAGAGAAACUGAAAUAGAAGAAACGAGAAUUUUGACAGAAAAGUUACCACCCAAGGAAUUACAAAGAAGGGGAGUUUGUCUGUUAAAACUUAAAAUCAGUGGACGUAAAACAGGAUUGUAUGGCAGAACUAUCUUGUCUUUUGAGGCUUCUGGUGGUAUCAAGGAAUUUCCAUCCCAUAAUAUUACUUCAGGUGAUAUAGUAGGAUUGUGUCAAUCAUCAAGUGAUCAACAGACAGACAGUGCUGGUUCUGGAAUCAUCACAAGAGUUAGUCAGACAGAGAUCAAUGUGGCAUUUGAUGAGAGCCAGGAUCUAUUUUCAUUGGACGAUGAUGCUUUGUAUAAGCUGACAAAAUUAGCCAACGAUGUGACAUACAAAAGAAUCAAAAAUGCUUUGAACCGACUAAGCCAAGGCCAUUCUCAGCCAUGCAGCCACCUUGCAUCUGUCUUAUUCCAGGAAUCAGAGUUAUCUCCUCCUUUAGAAAGCAAAGAGAUCUAUUAUAUAAAUAGUGACUUAGAUGAAUCUCAGAAAGAGGCUGUAAGAUUUGCUUUAGGUCAGCCAGAGAUUGCUGUCGUCCAUGGACCUCCAGGAACAGGCAAAACUACAACAAUAAUAGAAAUCAUUAUCCAGGCAGUCAAACAGGGUAAAAAGAUUUUAGCUUGCGCUCCUUCCAACAUAGCGGUAGAUAACUUGGUAGAAAGAUUAGCAUCUAAUAAACAGAAGAUUGUAAGACUUGGUCACCCUGCCAGAGUAUUAAAACAUAUUCAGAAGUAUUCACUGGAUGCCAUAUUAUCUACCAGUGAUGAUACAAGGCUGGUGGAGGAUGUCAGAAGUGAUAUGGAUAAAGCUAUGUCAAAACUGAAGAAAACAAGAGACAAAGGGGAGAGACAGAGGUUAAGACAAGAUAUGAAAUCUCUGAGAAAAGAAUUAGUCCAGAGAGAGCAGACAGCCAUCAAACAAAUCCUGAAGAAAGCUGAUGUUGUCUUAGCAACCAUGACUGGUGCAUCUGCUGAUGGUCCACUGAAGCUGUUAGAUGAUAAACACUUUGACCUUGGUGUCAUUGAUGAAUGUUCACAGGCAAUAGAAGCAGCAUGUUGGAUUCCAUUGUUGAAAGUACCUAGAUGUAUACUGGCUGGUGACCAUCUUCAAUUACCCCCUACUAUACUGAGUCACGAGGCUGCUAAGACUGGAUUGGAGACGACCUUGAUGGAACGUGUCCUUGGUCUCUAUGACAACCAGAUAAUGAGGAUGUUGACAACACAAUACAGAAUGAAUCAGGUCAUCAUGCAGUGGUCAUCUGAUCAGUUAUAUGAUGGUAAACUGGUGGCACACCCUUCAGUCUCGGAUCAUUUGCUAAGAGACAUCCCAGGUAUUACAGAUAAUGAGGAAACAUCUGAGCCUCUGUUACUGAUUGAUACAGCUGGUUGUGAAAUGUAUGAAUUAGAUCUGCCAGAAGAAAUAUCCAAGGGAAAUGAAGGUGAGGCUGAUAUUGUGGCUACUCAUGUUGAAAAACUAAUAUCCUAUGGACUGAAGCAGGAUGACAUAGCAGUUAUUGCCCCUUACAAUCUACAGGUUGAGCUUUUAAGACUUCGAUUGUCUUCCAAUUACCCUAAAGUUGAGGUUAAAUCAGUUGAUGGAUUCCAAGGCAGAGAGAAGGAAGCAGUAGUAAUAUCGCUUGUUAGAAGUAAUCCUAAAGGUGAAGUGGGAUUCCUUGCAGAGAAGAGAAGAAUUAAUGUAGCCAUUACACGAGCCAGGAGACAUCUGAUGGUAAUAUGUGAUAGUGAGACAGUUGGACACGACAAGUUCCUCAAGUCUUUAGUGGAGUAUAUGACAUGUAAUGGAGAAGUUCAGACUGCACAUCAGUAUAUGACAUGUAAUGGAGAAGUUCAGACUGCACAUCAGUAUAUAGAAGGUAAGUACAAUGAGUUAGUGGAGUAUAUGACAUGUAAUGGAGAGGUUCAGACUGCACAUCAGUAUAUAGAAGGUAAGUACAAUGCGUUAGUGGAGUAUAUGACAUGUAAUGGAGAGGUUCAGACUGCACAUCAGUAUAUAGAAGACGGAGUAGUUAAUGCCAAACUUUUAAGACCUGAUCAUUUGAGUGACCUUCUGUCUGUGAAAGUAACCAGUCAGAAAGGUCAGAAAGGCCAAGGGGCAAAACCAAAACAGAAACAGAAACCAAAACAGAAUGAGAGACCAGAACCUAGAGAUCAACUCAAAGGUCAUGGAGAUAAUGAAGUGUCAAAAAGAACUGUUGAGAGGGAUGAGGCCAUUUUAAUGAAGAAGACACAGGAAUAUCAGGAACAUUUAGACAAGUUUGUGACAGAUCCAUGUCAAGAAAUAAUGGAGUUCCCUGUCUCAUUAAACUCGUAUGAUCGACUUAUAAUACAUGAGUUGUCAGAGAAAUUGGGACUUGUACAUGUCAGCAGGGGUAUUGAUAAAGAGAGACAUCUUGUUGUUUCCAAACCAGGCAUAAAAGUUAUCGAGGAAAAAGAUUCAUAUGAAAAACAACAAACUGGGGAUCAGGAGGAAAUACCAACCUCAACCCAUCUUGGUGAAAUCAAAUCACAAAGUGAUACAACUCCUGCUGAAUCUAAUAAUAAUAAGUUGAUAUGUAAGCAUUGUAGUAAGGAUGUCAUCAAAGCUAAUUAUAGCCUUCAUGAAAUCCAUUGUGCUAGACGUCAGAAAGAGGCUGCACAAUCUGCUAGUAGUGUUAAAAAUAGAAAAGAAAGUGCUAAAAAUAGACCUGAAAAUCAAAAGAAGCCACCAUCCUCAACAAAAAAUAUGAAAACAAAUGCUGAGAAAGACGUGAUUGCUAAAUUACAAAAUGUUGAUCCCGAUGAUUUUGAUGCACUCAUUGCCUCAACGAAGGAACUCGAUAGUAAAUGUAACUUUACGAAAUGUAAGGUUAAGACCUUGACAUUGGGUCAUACAUGUGAAUUCUGUCAGAGACGAUUCUGUCUGAAUCAUUCCAUGGCAGAGGUUCAUGGGUGUGGUGAUGCUGUUAAAGCACGUGCGAGAGCUACCAUUAUCAAAGAAGGGGUGUUAUAUAGGGGCAGUGGUGUACCAAGUAAAUUGCCAGACGCUAAGCAGAAAGCAUUGUUACAAAAGAAGAUGGACAAGAAACGAUCAGAGAUGGAAGCUGAUAGGCAAAAAAAGAAAAAAUCAAAAUGAUGUUUGCUGUGAUAAUAAAUUAUUUGUGUUUCA